AUGAAAGGAGCCGCAUCGGAAGAGCGGGUACAGGACGGCUACCUACGUGCCAACAUUUCGCCAACCGUACCAAAGCAGCAUCAGGCGAUACCAGCUGAGUUGGAGUGGUGUGACUGGAGGCGGCCAAUGGGAGGGCGCCACGUCAUCGGGGGGGAGGGAGGCUUUAGCUCGCUCUCAAGUCACUGCCUCUCACCAGACAUCGAACCUGAGGCACGACCACCCACCGCGUUCAUCAAACUCAAACUUGUCCACAUACUUUCAGACUCGUAUGAAGGCCGUGUACCGGUCGUACGACCCGUAUGA